UGACACAUCGUCUGACCGACCCCUCGCAGCGAACUGAAUACUUUCCUCUUCUCCUCGGAAUUGACUCUUGGCAGACUUUUACCUUUUGAUCUUGUGUAUUCCCUUUGAGACCAAAGACAUAAACAAAAAAAAACUUGUUCGCAUGCGCGCACACACACAAUAAAAUCCUUACACAAUUGCACUCGAUCGACUCAUCCCCCUCGCCAUUUGACAACAUGGCGUCGGUGCUAUUGGCCGCUGGCACUGCCAGGAGCAUUGCGGCUAUCAUUAAAACACCACCGGUGAACGAAGCGGUCUCGGGUGUCUUUGGGAGCAUAAGUCUGACCGCAUGGAUCUGUCUACUGCUCCCUCAACUUAUAACAAACUACAAGACCAAGAGCGCCGAAGGACUAUCUAUGGCCUUCCUCAUAGUUUGGCUGUUAGGAGAUAUAGCCAAUUUGCUAGGCGCUCUCGCGACUAGACUUGCCCCUACGGCUGUUGCACUCGCCGUGUACUUUUGCUUCGCCGAUGUCGUCCUCAUUACCCAAUGUCUCUACUAUAACGCUCUGAACGCCCGCCGCGAGGCUCGCCUGAACGGAAACGGACAUGCAGAGACACAAAACACAGCCUCGAGGGUUGACGAGGACGAACCAGACGAGGAGGAGCCGCUGCUCAGUCGUCGACGCAGGUCCAGCUUGGCAGGUCUGCCAGGCUCGCAGAGACGCCGCUCGUCCAUGGCGCGCGACGUCUCCAACCUCGAUCCGCUGGCUCGAUGUAUCACAGGCGAAGACGAGACUCCAGAUGCUCACCCUUGGCUGCACAACGCUCUGAGCCUGGCAGCGGUCUACAUAGUUGGAACGGCCGGGUUCUUUGUGUCGUACGGCAUGGGCGCAUGGGGUGACAACGCAGAUGCUCCAGAAGUCCCAGAGGCGGGGGAUGCGGUUACAGCCUUUGGACUGACUAUGGGAUACGUCAGCGCUGCGCUUUAUUUGCUGGCGAGACUACCCCAAAUUUACAAAAAUUACAAGGAGAAGUCGUGUGAAGGUCUCGCCUUACUUUUCUUCAUGCUUUCCCUCACGGGCAACUUGACCUAUGGCGUUAGUCUGGUCGCAUACUCCCAAGAGAAAAGUUACAUUAUCAAGACAAUACCGUGGCUUCUCGGAUCGCUUGGAACAAUUGUCGAAGAUAUUGUCAUCUUCUUCCAGUUCCGACUCUACAGCGCCCCUAAAGAGUCAUCCAAAAUGUCCGAUGAAAACGAAAGCACGGCAUAAUACUUGAUUUACACACAUAAUCUCUUGUUUUCCCCGCCACCCUUCUCUCAACGAAUUAGAAUGUUUGCCUGGUUUCAACCGGCUGCAUGUUUGGAGAAAUAAACAAACAAAAAAAUCUCCAUCAAAGUCAUUCUGCAGUCAUUUGCGUUGUUUUCGUGGCAUCGAGUUUGAACUUUGUUUGCGCCAUAGAUUCCUCCAUUUGUGUUGGCCCUUGCGACUAUUAUCUUGGACUUUGGAAGUUUGGAACCGCGGCGAUUGAUCGACUCGUGACAUUAAACUAUGACGUGUUGAGCGCAAGAGAAUGACAGUAAAAGCCAGCUCCUGACUCCUGCAACAACGGGACGUUAUCGUUAUCGUCUGAUAGUAUUAUCAGAUGCCGAAGAGCUACUUCGCACAUAUGUCAGUCAUUCUGCACGUGCAUGCAUAUAUAUGCACGAGUGCAAUUCCUGGGGGCUUUGGCUUGGUGGAAUGAGACCCACCCCAGGUUCACGCAGAUUCUCCAGCCAUCAGUCUCUCGCCAGGGUCAGGGUAGUAUCAAGUAGCCCGUAUAGCUCAGUGGUAGAGCGCAUCACUCGUAUCUUGACGACAUGAUGAGGUCCUUAGUUCGAUCCUGGGUGCGGGCAUUUGUUUUUGAUUUUGGCUUAAUCGGGGCACUAUAGGUUGCAUUCCUGAUCCCUCUAUUUUGG